GAACGUCAGUUUGUCUCGCGCGCAGCUCUGAUUGACAGCUGUGACGUGCGCUCGCGCGGUAUUGUUUUGUGCGAGAUGUCAUCUAAUUUAAUCAGCGAAAAAUAUGAUAGUAAAUUGAAUGGUUUGAGUGCGUUUGCUGAUAAAAGUUUUGCACCUAUCAAUGGAAGGUAUAGGUCUAAAAGUUUGUCUAGUGAUAAAUUUAUGGAUAAAUUGAACAAAAGCAAUGCAGACCGAGCGGCAAUUUUGGACGAUGUCGAAUCUCACCAUAUAACUGAUAAAUUGGAGACUCCAGGUUGUUUAGUGUCCAAUAGCAUAAUGGAUCAAGGAGCGCAGCCUACAGUGAACUGUUUCAAAGAUGGCAAAGCAUCAUACGGCACAGAAAGCCCUGCGAGGGGACGGCGCGUCAUAUUCUGCGUACAUGGCAACCCUUCCACGGGCUGCUGCGCGGUCAUCGAGACUACAGCGGACGGCGACGACAGGCGAAAUGGCAGUAUUAGCGAAGUUGAACGGCAUUGUCACAAAUCUCGAAACGAAGAAAUAGACAAAAGGGCGCGAAGGAAACUCAUUAUAGCCAGUGUGUUGUGUGUUAUAUUUAUGAUAGGAGAAAUUGUUGGCGGGUACAUCUCAAACAGUCUGGCCAUUGCGACCGACGCGGCCCAUCUCCUCACUGAUUUCGCCAGUUUUAUGAUAUCUCUCUUCUCGCUGUGGGUCGCGGGCCGGCCGGCUACAAGGCGAAUGCCCUUCGGCUGGUAUCGUGCCGAAGUGAUAGGUGCCUUAACCUCAGUACUUCUGAUAUGGGUGGUGACCGGAGUGUUGGUUUACAUGGCGGUGCAGCGAGUGAUCAAUCCGGACUUCGAGAUAGACGCAACAGUAAUGUUGAUCACGUCCGGAGUGGGGGUCUUGGUCAAUCUCAUAAUGGGUCUAACGUUACACCAGCACGGACACUCGCACGGCGGCGCCGGACACGGCCACUCGCACGGGACCAGCAAUCCUGUACUCAACAAUAAGAAGGACCGCUCGGAGGGCUCCGACGCGGAGAGCGCGUCGUCGGCGCCGCACGCGCUCGCGCACGCGCACGCUGAGAACAUCAACGUCCGCGCCGCCUUCAUACACGUGUUGGGGGAUUUCCUACAAAGCUUCGGAGUGUUUAUAGCCGCUAUAGUCAUUUAUUUCAAGCCGGCGUGGGUUCUAGUGGAUCCAAUCUGCACAUUCCUGUUCUCUGUGUUAGUUCUCAUCACCACCUUCAACAUCAUCAAGGACGCCUUGUUGGUGCUCAUGGAGGGGUCUCCGAGAGGGGUUGACUUCCAGGAAGUGGCCAAUACUUUCCUGUCACUCCCCGGAGUGGUCCGGAUACACAAUCUCCGGAUGUGGGCGCUCUCACUGGACAAAACUGCGCUAUCUGCCCACUUAGCUAUCAGAACCGGAGUGAGUCCACAGAAAGUGCUGGAGCAGGCCACGAGGCUGGUGCACGAGAAAUACAACUUCUUCGAGAUGACGCUCCAGAUCGAGGAGUUCAGCGACGGCAUGGAGCAGUGCAGCCAGUGCAAGAUGCCGCAAGCCUGAACUGCAGGUACACAUGGAUAAUACAGCCUGUCAAUAAAUGUGAAGAAAAAUGUUUUUUUUUGCCAUUGCAAUACAAAAUACAAUAGCUUAAGCCGGGUCCGCGGCGUCGUGUUUUCGUGUUAGCUAAUACAAAAACAUUGUUUAAAAACAUUAGGGGCGUGGCCUAACAGUUAUGUUAGGAAAAUAACAAAAACAUGUUUUCCGAACCGAAUUCAAUUCAAAUUCAAAUCAUUUAUUCAGACAUAAGACCUUCACAGGCGUCCUUUUUCACGUCAAUUUUUAUAUUAAAUGGCAUUUCGGAACUACAUCACUGCUGAGAAGAAAUGCCGAAAGAAACUCAUUUGAACAGUGUUGGUCCCUAUUAUGCCAGAUCGGCUUACCAUUAUUGUUUCUUUUUUUUUCUAAUAAUAUAUCAAAGUACAUAGUCAAAAAGUAUAUCAAACAGGUUAUGAUAUACACACGGUAUAUAUAUAUAUAUAUAUAUCGUUUCUGUGUUUCACAUCGAUAUAUACACAAAAAUAUAUGAGGAACGAGAUGAGCAGUUCCCCCUGGCAGCACCCGUUCGACCACUACAGUGAGCGUGAGGGGGAGGGACUCAUUGAGUAUUAUCGCGCACUGCAAUAGGCGCUGCUGCACCCGGCUUCCGGCUUGAGAUUGGUUGAUACACACCUAGUAUUGCCGGCCAACAGGGGACAGUCGACCUCAUUUUAUUCCUUCACUUUCUGGACAGACUGACGUUCGUCUUCGUCUUCGUAAAGUCGACCAUUUUCAACCUCCUUUGCUUGAAGUCUGUUAAAUAUAUUUUUUUGAGCUAUAGGUACGUGUGUGUAUACAGAGUUGACAUUGAUUAUUGCGAAAUAUUAUUAUAUGAGGUGAUUGGUUUCAAAUGUAUGGAGUAAAGGUUGCUGUUAUUUGUCAUUAUAGUACAAAUAUUGUAAUUGUUAUUUUACAUUUUAUUUAAAAUAUUACGAUUGUCGUACCUUCAGAGAAACAAUUCUUCCAAAAACGUAUUUGAAUUUUUAAUUUAAUCUUUCGCCCAACAUCUUCGAUGUGUUUUGUUUCAAUAUUGUAAUCUAAGACUAAUAUAAUUUAAAUAAAUAAAUAUUUUACAAGAUUCUACGGUCCCCGAGAGAGAAAGUGCUACAAAUCAAUCCACUAAUAUUAUAUAAAUAUUUAUAAUUAAUGUGUGUUUGUUUUUCACGUCAAAACGUAGUAUUGGAGUUAGGUGAUUUUUAGUGUGGAGAUCCUUAAAGAGCUGUAGUGGCAUAUACUAUGUUUUGCUGCGAGCAGAAUCGCGGGCAUUGACAUAGUUUAGAUAUAUAUAUAUUUAUGCUAGUUAUUUCGGCAAAAAUAGAUUUAUAUUUGCCUUCGCAGCGUAAUUUUAAUAAUGUUAAAGGAAAUUCUUUACUCAACUAUUUUGAAAUUAUGAAUACAAUACUAAUAAUCUUACUUUUUCUUCUUUUGUAAUAUUUAUUUUAUUUAUCUUUUUCUACUUUCUAUUAUGUAUUAAUAAUAUAUAUUUCAUGGAAGUAAAAAAAAUCGAUGAAACACAUUUCACAUAUCAAAUUAUUUGUCCAAUAUUAUGCUACCUCUAUGUACUGUUAUCCCUAUAUAAUGAUAAGUAGAUGAAAGAGAUAGAAACAACACCGGAGUAUUGAAUGUCGCUCUUAAAUAAUUAUAUAAAUAUUGAAAUUGAAACUAUUUUAAAUCAUAAAUUUAAAUAUGAGGGUAGACACAGAAAUGUGUACUAAGUUCCUAUUUUACUAAUCUUCCUUUUAAAUUGUUUAUAUAUUAAUUGUUCGCACACAUUCUUAACACUCUUUUAUUCUCCGUUUACUGUUUACAAAGUUACUGUUAUUCUUAAAAAUAUUGAAGCAUACAGCCGAAGUAUGUUUGUCUCGUUCUAUCAAUGCUAAAUUUUAUAAAGUGUGAUAGUGACAAAUAUAUUUCAGUUUAAAGUCGCUGUUAUUGUUAUGAAUAACAGGGUAAUCCUAGAAUUAAUUAUUUUAUUAUAGAAAAUGUUUAAGGCGAGGUUAUAAGCUAGAUAAGCUCGAUUUAAACCGCAUAUAGUAAGUUGUUCUUAAAAUAAUACAUUGUUAUCAUAAUAUAUAUUUUUUGAUAAUUAUACAUAAGUGAAUGUUUUUGAUGAGUUUAGCCUACAUUGUCGCCUUUAUAUAUACAUAAAUCUGUAUGUGUAUCAGUGAUUAUUAUAUGUUCACUAUCAAUAAUUAUAAUGUUACCUAUUGUAGCAAAAAUUUUCGCCCUUAUCCGAAAAUAGUUGUAUUUUUGUAUCAUACUGUUACGGAUAGAUUUUGGAUAUCAGAUAAUAAUAAAUCACGGUUAUUGUUAAUGAUUAUCAUUAGUCAACUAAGAUAUAUUUAAUUACAUACAUAUUUUAAUGUGUAUGCUUGUAUCAAGGAACCAAAACAUUUUUAGUAAAAUAUUUAAGUAUAAUUGUGUUCUAAUUAAAUGUAUAGGUCCUUUUAAAGUACCUAAGUAUGUACCGUAUUUAUUUAAAAUUUUAGCAAAUACACAUAAAAUGCUUUAUAUAUAAAGUAUUAAUUUAUUUCACCAAAUUUAACCUACUAUUACAGAAAACAUAUUCUAGUACGACAGGAUAACUUUUACAUUAUUUGUGUAUAACAUAUAUGUAUUUAAAAUUGUGAAUUCAGUCAGAGAACAGGAGAAAAUGUCAAUUUUCUCGGCCACCAAAUUAAGCACGCGCAGCGUUCGCGUCAGAGGUAGGUAACAAUAUGUAGACAAUAUACAUAACAGAUUAUCUAGAAUGCUAAACUAUUUGUGCUGUAGUAUGCCCCAUGAAAGAAGUCUUGCAAUCAUAUGUGAAACUAGCGAAAACACGUAGAUAAAACUGCAGACUUCGUUGCCUACAUACAAGAAAGAGAAAAGCAUAUUAGAAACAUACGAGAAGAAACGAGACAAAGCGCUAAUAUCAUUUGUGUGUUCGUGUGCCCGAUUUUACAAAACCUCCAUGUUAUACAAAAGUAGUUUAAUAAAUAUUAUGGACACCACAGAGAUCGAGUACCACCAAAGUGUGUUAUAUGAUACUAGACUCAACAAUAAAUAAUAUUCAAGACCCAGGUCAAUCUGAAAAAGAUCAUUUUCCAUCUUGACCUGACCGGGAAUCGAACCCGCGGCCUCCACGAGCCCGGCGUGAUGACCAUUAGGUUAAGGAGGUCUCUAUCUCAUACGGUUUCGCUAGUUCUCUUUAUUUUUCUUUGUCUUGGCAAAAAAUAAUAAAAUUAAUUAAAUUGUCAGCGACUGUAGCGCCAUCUGCGGGACUUUUGUGGCGCAUAUUCUAGUUUUUAUACAUAUUUUCAAUAUAUUUGCUCAAUGAUAUUAAAGCAUGUAUUUCUACUUUAAAUUAUGUAUUUAAACUUGUCCCUUAUUUUUGGGAUGUAUUAGACGUAUUUUUAUGGAAGUAUAUAGCCUGUGUGUCGAUAUAAGUGUACAUAUGUAUUAAAUGGUAUGAUAUUGAAGUUGGCUAUCAACAUCGUGUCUUCCGAAUGGUAGAUAUAAGUGUCUGGUAUAUGUUGAUUGAAAAUAUAUUUUGGAAAAUGUA